GUAGAUAAAUUGUGCUUAAAAUUAGUAAUAACACAGCUCUUCACAUGGAGGAAGUUCAGCGCCAUUCGGUGCACACAUUGGUGUUCCGUUCGUUAAAGCGUACCCACGAUUUCUUUGUGGCCAAUCAAUCCUUGCUGCCGGAGAUUGACGAAAAGCUUGAAAAGGUAAAAUUUAACAUCAAGGCACGGGACACGUACGGCUUGGUGUUUGAUCGUACGGCCAAAGCAAAAGCAUUGGCUGCCAAGCGAGGUGACAGUGACCGGUCGGAUGGGCAGAAUGGUGUAAAGGAUGGAGUUUUAGCUAUAACGGCCGGCGAACAGGAAGGAAUAGCACCAGACGGUACCAACACCCAGACAGCACUUGUACCGGCAACAACACCGACAACCCAGAACACUACCAACGCGAUGCAGAUACUGCCGAAAAAAGCUCCUACCAUUCCGAAACCCAAAUGGCACGCACCGUGGAAACUUUGCCGUGUCAUUUCGGGCCAUCUCGGUUGGGUGCGUUGCGUUGCCGUGGAACCAGGUAAUGAAUGGUUCGCAACCGGUGCCGCUGAUCGUGUCAUCAAGAUUUGGGAUCUAGCCAGUGGUAAAUUGAAGCUUUCCCUUACCGGACACGUUAGUACGGUGCGAGCACUGUCCGUAAGCCCUCGCCAUCCGUAUCUGUUUAGCUGCGGCGAGGAUCGGCAGGUAAAGUGUUGGGAUUUGGAGUACAACAAGGUGAUACGGCACUACCAUGGACAUCUGUCGGCGGUUUACACGAUGUCACUGCAUCCGACGAUCGAUGUGCUCGUAACGGCGGGCCGUGAUUCGACGGCACGCGUGUGGGAUAUGCGCACAAAGGCAAACAUUCACACACUGACCGGCCACACGAAUACGGUCGCGAGUGUGGUAACGCAGGCAGCCAAUCCACAGAUUAUUACGGGCAGCCACGAUUCGACGGUACGGUUGUGGGAUCUGGCCGCGGGCAAAAGUAUGUGCACGCUGACAAAUCACAAGAAAAGUGUGCGGGCGAUCGUGCUGCACCCAUCGCUGUACAUGUUUGCAUCGGCCUCGCCGGACAACAUUAAACAAUGGCGCUGUCCGGAGGGAAACUUUAUACAGAAUCUCAGCGGACACAACUCGAUCGUGAACUGUAUGGCGGUGAACCCGGAGGGUGUGCUCGUGUCCGGUGGGGAUAAUGGAACGAUGUUCUUCUGGGAUUGGCGCACCGGGUACAAUUUUCAGCGGUUCCAGGCGGCGGUACAGCCGGGCUCGAUGGACAGUGAGGCGGGCAUCUUUUCGAUGACGUUCGAUCAGUCCGGUUCGCGGUUGAUAACGACCGAGGCGGACAAGACGAUCAAAAUUUACAAGGAGGACGAUGAAGCGACGGAAGAAUCGCAUCCUAUCAACUGGCGACCGGAGAUUAUUAAGCGCAGAAAGUACUAA